AAUCUAAUCGGUUGUUAUUGCGGUCGGGCCUUUUUUUCCCACUGGAAAUAAACGUCUAUGCCGCCACAAUGCGCGUGUGGAAUAUCAUCACGUCCGCGGUGUGUCCGCGAAAUUUCCAUAUAAAAGAGCCACGGGCCGGAGACAUCGUCAGUCGAGUAACGCGGUUGACAUAUUCGUAUUUUCAUCGCAAUAUACCCGCGCCGCUGUACAAUUUACCGCGCCCGGUGAACUGUAUACCGAAGCAGUAAUACUAUUUUGUUGCCGUAUCCGAAGUCCGACGCCGAAACCGGUAAAUAUGAUAUUAUUACUUACGAGUAUACUUCAACAAUAUUGUAACUAAUACUUCACGUCGAAACGAGCGUUUGACGUUUAUUAUGUCAUAUUAGACGACUAUUUUAAACAUUUAAACCUAGAACUGGAUAAUACGUAUUAUAAUAUGUUUCGUUAAAACGGCGCACUCUGUCCGAAUUGUUCUAUUUAAUAAAUAUCUGUUUUGUUUCUAUUAACGUGAGUUUAAAACCGAAACCGACUAGCAAACUGCUCGAUUUAAAAUGUUUAACAACAAUAACUAGCUAGUUAAUUUAUUUUGUAAUAAUAGCGAUUUGACGGACUUGUAUUUGUCGAGCCCUUAAAUUUCGGUUUAAAAUGUUUGGAACAUACAGAGAACAUAAUGCACGAUUUUUAAUAAACGAACACGUAUGGAAACGUACACAUUUAUGAAUUUUUAAUUGUAAUUUAUAGUCGUACUAUUACAAUAUAUUAUCUCCUAAUUAAUUUAUGCUCAUGUGCAUCUACUAUUGAACAUUUUAGAAUUUGGGUAACUGUCUCGAAUCGUAACGUACUUGAUAAUUUGUAGGUCAUUAGAACGCUUGUUAUCUACUCUGUAAAAAACUAAUCGCAAAUUAUUCGAUUUAUAUGUUUACUUAUAGACAAUCAAUCAAUCACCAUGUCCGACAAAAGCAAUAUUUUGUACUUGUUCGAUCGUCCCACUGAGCCCAUUUUCAUCGGAAAAGGCGACGACAAUGUGUCAUUCGACAUACCUCCAGAGUACUGGGUUAGUAAAUACUAUAGAGUUAUCGAAUUUUGGUUUGAAAAAUGUCUCAUAAUAAUAUUAUUUAUUUGUGUGCCGAUAAAAAUGAUAUUUUUCAUUAAGUCGGGCGUAUUUUGUUAUCUUAUCAUUUUAUAAUAAUAUUGUUCGUAUAAACCUAUUUAGAUCGACCGUUACAAGCCGAUCGCUUCAGAAAUCCAAAACAGAUUUUCCGGAGGAAAAACCGUCCCCAUUACCAAGUUGAAAAACAUCCCCGACCUAUCGUUCCCGCUGUCGCUUAGCAGAAACUCGCCGUUUUCGCUUUUCAAUCCGUACCACGGCAAGAUGGCCGGAAAGCUCAUCGAAAUUCUUAUGGGUAAGUGCUGUACUGAAGUCUAACUAAAAUCUUAAGAGCGACAAUAUCGGUCUUAACGGUAAUAUUACGUAUAUUUGAAACAAUACGGUUUUUUUUUUUCUAAAACGACAAAAGCGAUUAAUUGUAGGCCAAAAUUAAAUGCUCGUGUCAAAUACUCGUGGUUUUGUUCAUUUACGUCGCCUAUUUUGUACGUAUUGCAGCCACGAAAAGCUUCGACGAACUCCUGUCGCUGGCCGUUUACAUGCGUGACCGGAUAAACCCGUACAUGUUUAUUUACGCGCUUUCCGUAGUCGUCAUACACAGGCCGGACACCCGUAACGUGGAGCUGCCCUCUCACGCGGAAAUGUUCCCGAGCCUGUACAUGGAUUCGUCGGUAUUCGGCCGUGCCAGAGAAGAGUCGGCCGUGGUGCAGUCCGGCAGCAGGGUAACAACAGCGAUUGCGUUAUAUUAUAUUUUGAUUAGUGGUGGAAAAAAUACGGAUUUGCCGAAGUCCGAAAAUCCGAAAUCCGGAUUUUUGAAAUCCGAAAAAUCUCCCUUUAGCCAUAUAAUAAUUUUAAUCACAGUUACUUACCAGACGAAAAUGCGUAUAAAAACAUAAAAAAAUAUCCAAUAAUCGUAAUUGUUUUACUGCUUUACAACUAUUUAACGUUAGUUGUGCGAUGAUGUAAAAUCACGACACCUCGUUACGCCGUAAAUAUGUGUCCGUUUGUUCCUACGUUUUUUCCAAAUAAUUACGAAAACCCGCUUGAAAAAUCAAAAAAAAAAAAAAACGACUUCUUUAAAGUACCGACUGGACAAUUUUCGGAUAAUCCGUAUUUAUAUCACAUCGAUUUUUGAUACUGUAUAAUAUUGUUUUUUAGAAUACUAUCGUUCUUUUUAAUAAGGCCGUUAAGGUCAUCGUCCUGGUAAUAAAACGCUUCCAUCUUUCCCGAUCCGCCGCUACUGUAUUAUUCUCGGCUAAACCGAAUUUCAAUAUUCCGUUUCCCAGAAGUUUAAUGUACUAUAAAUAUCGAUCCUUUGUUUUUUCCUCUCGGGUGUUUACUACGCGUUUUUGUUUUUCCUUUUUGUUUUCCGAUCAUAUCGUGUACAUCGCAAUAUUAUACGUUAUUAUAGACUCCCAUCGAAAUACCGCACGAUUACACAGCCAACAAUUUGGACCCCGAGCACAAAAUCAGUUAUUUCCGCGAAGACAUCGGCAUCAAUCUCCACCAUUGGCACUGGCAUUUGGUGUACCCGUUCGAGGGUCCGCGCAACAUUGUCGACAAGGAUCGGCGCGGCGAACUGUUCUAUUACAUGCAUCAACAGGUUAUCGCCAGGUGAACAAUAAUUAAUAACAGCCGUUAAACCGCUUUUUCGGUCGCGCUAAUAAUUUAAAAUUGCAUUUUUUUUGUUUUUGUUCUAUCCUCUCGCGUGUAGAUACAACAUGGAACGGUUGAGCAACGACAUGAACAGAGUGGUCCGAUUGACCAACUGGCGCGAUCCGAUCGAGGAAGGUUACUUCCCGAAAUUGGACAACAUCUUGGCCAAUCGCGUGUGGCCGUCCAGACCCGUCAAUUCGAGAUUUAGCGUAAUACACGAACAUACUAUAUUUCCUUUUCCACACCGUAAACGAAUUUCACCAAUUCUGUUCGUGGUUUUCUUUUGUCCAACAGAACAUCAACAGAGAAGUCGAUCAAAUAUCUUUCGAUAUCGAAGAUUUGGAACGUUGGAGAGACCGGAUAUUCAACGCCAUUCACGCUGGAUUUGUUCUCGACGUAAUAAAUAAUAAUAACAGAAUAAUAAUUUAACAUUGUUAACCGUCCUACAUAUUGUUUUUCUAUCUCGGUUUGGGUUCGGAAUUUGUUUUUAAAGGUGUUUCACGGACGCAAAUCGCGGGUAGGGGAGGGGGCGGGGCUAAAGGCAAAAAGAAAACUAAUGAUUUAUCGAAUCCGAACUUUACACACACAACGUUUCAAAAUAUUGUGAUAUUUGUAAUUGAUUACACGGUCGUUCUUUUUCGCUCGUUAUUUUCGCAGCCGGCCGGUAACCAAGUACGAUUGACCGAAAACGAAGGAAUCGACAUACUGGGUAACAUCAUCGAAGCCAGUAUACUGAGCGUGAACCCGUUUUUGUACGGUUCGCUUCACAAUAACGGACACAACGCGAUUUCCUACAUACACGACCCCGACAACAGAUACCUGGUGAGUAUAUUAUCACGACCGUCCGUGCAUAUAGUGUAUCUGUGAUGUUGAAUGUCCGUUCGGUUCUUGUUUGCAGGAAAACUACGGCGUUAUGGGCGAUUCGGCCACCGCCAUGCGCGACCCGAUAUUCUACCGUUGGCACGCGUACAUCGACGAUAUAUUCACCGAGUUCAAAUCGACGUUGCCCGGCUACACUGUCCAAAAUGUAAAUCCCCGUGGACGAAUACGUUCACCGUGUCAUUAACGAACGACGAAUAUGAUUUUUCGGUUUUUGCACAGUUGAACUUCGACAACGUCAAGGUGCAGAGCGUGGAAAUCACGGCCGCCGGGGUACCGCGCAACGAGUUGGCGACAUUUUGGCAACAGAGCGACGUCGACCUGUCCAGAGGCUUAGACUUUUUGCCGCGCGGCUCCGUGUUCGCUCGAUUCACUCACUUGCAACACGCUCCGUUUAGUUAUAAAAUUGUCGUUAGUAUGCCUACUAUUAUUAUAAGUCCGUGUCGUAUGGUUCGCUAUUCCACCCCCCCCCAAAAAAAAAAAGAAAUCCUCGAUGUCGAAAAACCAUAACUCGGACGUUGGAAAUCCAAACCGUCGGAUUUACAAUUGGGUGUAUUUACAAUAUUUACGUUACGUAUAUUUGUUGAAUCAAGGUCGAGAACAACGGAAACCAGCGAAUCGGAACGAUUCGCCUGUUCAUCGGGCCGAAGUUUGACGAACGCGGUUUGGGAAUGUUGUUCCGCGAUCAAAGGAAGCUUUUCGUAGAACUCGACAAAUUCAGUUAUUCGCGUGAGUAUAUUUAUCCGGGACGGGACCAUUGUAAUAUGUCCACCGUCCAACGGGUGUUUAUUAACAUUUGUUUUUUUUUCCGCACAGUCAACAGGGGGAAAAACGAAAUAAUACGCCAGUCUUUACAAUCGACGGUGACCAUACCGCACGAGGUGACUUACCGGAACUUGGACAGAAACCGGCCGGCCGACAAUACGGCGGGUGCGGAAGUGUUCAACUUUUGCGGUUGCGGAUGGCCGCAAAACAUGUUGAUACCCAAAGGGUCCGCCGAAGGGUUCCAGUGUCAGUUGUUCGUCAUGGUAUCGAACGGCGCAAACGAUCGGGUGCGAAUAUACGAGAAAAACGCUUAAUAUAAAGCGCGCGUGUUUGGCGGUACAGACGUUUAGUGGUCGAUUGGCGAUAAACGCUUUUUCCCGCGGCGCGCUGUAAAACCGAAUUACUAAAAACAACGGACUCACCGUAUCGCGGCGGUAAACAACUCAGGACCGAUAACGGGGGGGAUUUGGCUUUUCGGCGCCCCGCCGUCCGGACCACAAGCGCACAUUUUCCGCUUAUAUAAAUUUUACACCGAAUCCCAUUAAAAUUCGUCCUACUGCGCGUAUAAAUUCUGGACAUAACGCUUUUUGUUUUUUUUUUCUUCCGAAAACGCGCUCUUGGUCCAGCCGGAAUGGUUAAUUUUUUUUUCGCCAACCUAGAAUUUCGGCGUCGAACUUUGUGCAAUCGUAAUCAACACCUCAAUCGAUCGCGUUUCAUUGCACUGCGCGUACAGGUUUGAUCGGUAAUAAUUAUUGCCCGUUUCUAAUGCCCGUACCGAUUGUCACGCACAGGUGGAGAACUCCCAAUCGGACGGACAGACGUGCGACAACGCGUCGAGCUAUUGCGGGGUCCGGAACGCCCGUUACCCGGACGCCAGGGCCAUGGGCUAUCCGUUCGACCGGAUACCGCGGGACGGCGUGGCCACUCUUGCCAACUUUUUGACGCCGAACAUGACGGUACAGGAUGUCCGCAUACGGUUUACGAACCGCACUGUGGCGCCCCUGCAGAAAACCCCGGCCGGGACCAAGCAACCGUCCAAGCAGACGACGACCGGAGGCAAAAGAAACUGAAGACGACCCCGCGAAAACGUUCGGUAUGUUCGACCGAAACUAAUAAUAAUACGUCCGAUUUUAAACGCCGGUUUCCAACGAUAAGCCCUGUGAACGACACAUAAUAUUUCCCGUGCGUGUCUACACCAAUCCUCCUCCUCCCAUUCCAAAGGUUUCGCCACGUAAAUAUUGCGCGUUAUUUCUUCACUCGGAAAAAAUCAUUAAAAAUAUCGCGAAACGUUCCCACACCUACGUAUUCCAACCACCCCCGGCGAUUUAAGUAAUAUUGCAUGCAUUGCAGGCGUUUCUCAAACGAUGCGCAUUUUUCGCCCGGCGAUAAUUGCUUAUUCGAACGAUUUCUCUAGAUUCCGAAUGAAUUUUCCCAAAUAACGUUUACGAAUUCGUUGAAAAACAAGAGGGAUCGAAUAUUUCUCGUUAAUAAUGUUUCAGCCCCCUCAAUAUUAUUAUUUCUGUAUACCUAUAAGCCGUUUUUUUUUUUUCAGGUUUUGUAUGAGUUUGGACGGUUUAUUUAUGAACUGCACAAUCAACACGGAUCGCUAUUAUUACUACGAGCAUAUUAUUAUACUAUACCUAUAUCCUAUAUUUUACGAUGUCAUAAUAUUACAAAGACAAUUUAAUCGAUAUCAUUUUAACACGGACAAUUUUUAAUAAUAUUUUGUAAUCUACCGAUCUAUACCGUACAUUAUGUUAUAUUAUUAUUAUUAAUUAAACAAUAUUGUAUCUAUUCGAAGUUUCAACAUAGACAUUUAUUCAUUAUUAAUAUAACACAGAGUGUUUUUAAUCAACCUAUUGUUCUGAUAACAACAUUGCAAAGUUUAACGUCCGUUGGAAAUGUCGUGUAAAAUAGAUACUAUGGAGACAUGUAAUAAACCGAAAUGAGUAA